AUGGUGGCAGUAACUAUUGAGUUGUUAUGGUGGUCCAAAUGGAGGCAUGGCUACGGUGUUCAAGUGGGAGAAGGAAGGGAAUUUUCAAGUGAAGUAGGAGAAGGGGAAGUUCUAGGUCAGAAGGAGGGAAGUUUUGAUGAGAGGACGGCUAAGCAUCGGAAGAUUUAUGUCAAUAAGGAAAGGAUGAUGGUUUGUGUGGUUGUCAUGGUGUCGGUGUCUCGAGUGGAGGUUAAAGAUGCUAGGUAUGAUAAAAGAGCCGAGGUUUUUAGUCACGAGGUAGAGGAGAGGGCGAGCAUUAAGGUGAAAGGAGGAAAGGGGAGAUUAGGAGAGGUUUCGAUCGAGAGAUGGAGGAAUGGGAUAUUCGGGUGA